GUUGCCCGCAUCAUCGCUGAUGCGGAGAUUGCAAUGUCCAAGAUCCAAUGUCAGGACUUACAAGCGCGCCGCCGUUUGUGGAAGACGCUGAUCCUCAAGUACCAUCCAGACAAGAAUCCCAAGAUGGCCGAUGCUGCAGCAGAGGUGUGCAAGAAGCUCAAUGCUUGGGCGGAGGCCUUCUGA